UAUAUUUUAAAAUUGAACGGCCAAGGCGACGCGGCGGCGCCAAUCAAAUAAAUGCUUUGCAAUGCCAUAUAGAUACGUAAAAAUUAGUGGUCUAUUAGUGUAUAUUCUAGUGAAACUCGUGUGAAUACCAGUGUAACUGACCAGUGGAGUUGAGAUUUUUUAAAAAUUUGUAAAGUUAUUACCGCAUGAUUUUGUUGUAUGUGAUAACAGUUCAAUUACAAAGUGCGUUACUUUUCAUUUACACCGUAUAAAGUUUUAAUCUUAAUCAUUUAGGUUAAAUUAUAGAAACGAAACAUCUUACACAUAGGUAACCUUCAAUUCUAACCUAUUUUUAAGACAAUGCAGAACUCACAAUUUCCUGAAACUCCUCCUAUAUUUUCUCCAAUAAAUGGGAAAUCUAAGCGAUCUGUAAAUACAUUUGUUACUCCUAAGAAAGAUGUCUCAUUUUUAUCAUCAACAAGACAUUCAAUAACCAAAAGUUCACCACGCUACUCUUUGUCCCAAACAGUUACACCAAAAUUUCAAAAUGAUAAUACGAAAAGAAAUGGACCUCUACUUGCUUCUACACAGUUCAAUGUAAAUUUAGGAACAUACACUGAUGUUAAGAGUCCAGGUCUAGCUACUCGUAUUGUUCAAUACAAUAAUGAGCAAACACCAGAAUUACCAGCACCAACCCAUCAAUCAAAAUAUGGAAGCCCUGGAUUGUUCCCAGUAGUUCAUUUUUUUAAAAAAGGUUUGCCUGUAAUUACACCCAAACAAAGUAAAGUUACAAUGAAAAUUGCAACACCAGAUUCAUUUUAUUACAAUGGAAAUAGUAGUAUCUUAUAUGAUGAAUCAUAUUCAAGUCCAAAACCUGAAGAAUCUGAUAUAAAUACUAAAAGUGUUCUAGAUGCUUUGAAGGAAAUUUCUAGAAAAAGAAUUCAUGUUACUGAUGAAUUUGAUGUAGAAUCAGAAUCGUUGAAAAGAUCGAAACGUCAGGAAUAUAAUUUAAAUGAAUAUAGCAAAAGAAAUCGUGAAGACUCUCCAACACAUUCAGAAGUAACUAGUCCAAGUUCAAUGCAAAGUACUAAAAGAAUGUGCAUUGUUGAUCCAGUUUAUGCUUCAAGUACUUCAUAUCAAAUGUUUGUAGAAAAAGGAACAAAACGAAAAUCGAAAGAAACUGAAGAUAUUAUCCUGGAAAACAAUCAAAAACAAAUCAAAUUAUCCAAUGCUGAGACUCAAACUUUGCCUUUGGUUGAUAAUACUAAAGAAAAAUUGCAACAUGAGGAAAAUAUAUUAGAAGAUAAAAGCAAGAAAGCUGAUUUGGAUAAAGAGAGAACUCUCAAAGAUAAAGAUGAAACAGAUAUAAGUGUAGUAUUACAAGUAUUUGAUGAGGCACCAUUGGAGAUACACAAGAAGAACAAACUUGCAACUAUUUUGGGAGCAAUAACUGGCGAGAAACCUCAAUUAAUAUCAUUCGAUAAUGAAGAAAACGGUGCAGAUAAAGAUGAGGAAUUAGUUUCGAUUCUAUCGCCAAAAAAUAAAUCUAAACAUGACAAGCAUGUUCAUUUUGGAGCUAAUUCCACAGCAUUAUUUGCUGCUACUGACGAUGACUCGUCAAAGUCUAAAGAAGACAGUGAAGUUAAAAUAAACAAUUUUACAAUGCCUCUUUCUGGUACAAAAAUUGAUACAAGUAAUAAUAGUACUGCGACAAUAUCAAAUUUGGGUUCAACGUCUAAUACUAGUAAACUAUUAACAAGUUCUGUUACAUCUACUAGCGGCGGUGGAGGAUUUAAAUUUGAUUUAACAUCGAAACCCAAUAUAUCUGAAAAUUCUGUUUUGAAAGUAAUUGGUUCGGAGGUACCAAAAUUAUCAUUUAUGUCAUCGUCAAAUGGAACUGGUACAUCAGUACGCAACUCAGCUAUUGAAUCGUUAAAUAGCACUAAAACGGAUUCUGCUGAACCUCUGAAUGUUGCUACUUUAAAUACUACUACGACUGUGAGUAAGUCAGACACAAUUGUGAAACCGUUAUUUGGAAGUAGUGAAACCGCAAGUUCCACAGAUGAGAAAAAUAAGUUUACAGUGUUCAACGCAGUUACACAAGCCCCCAAAUUAGGAACAAAAUCUACAACUAAUAUUAAUUCACCUGCUACGACUAAAGCAUCGAUGUUCAAUGCAACUCAAAGUUCUAAUGUUACAAAAGGUGGAUUUUCCUUUGGAACUUCGCCCAAUAGUCUUCAAGCGUCAUCUGCCAAUCCAUUUGUUAACUCUAGCACCGCACCAACUACUUUCGUUACAUCUACUGGUAAUACAAGUACUUCAAUAGUACCGUCGAUUGGUUUUGAUACAUUUGGAAAACAAGGAACAAAUAUAACCUUUGGCGCUGCUACGACGACUCCAACUUUUGGAACAGGAUCAACUACAAGCACAUCAAGUUUUGGAACAACAGGUUCCAUUUUAGGAUCUACAUCAGUAUCAACAUUUGGUGCACAAAAUAUAGUAACAACAGCACAGAAAACGGCUGCAACAUUUGCAGUACCUUCAACGACAUUUGGAAGCACUGGUCCAUUUGGAAAAUCGAAUGCAAGUGGCACAUUCGGUCAGCCAACAAAUAGUUUUGCAACAAAUCCUGUCUCUAGUUUUGGUACAACAUCUACAACAGGUUUUGGUGUAUCGACAACGACACCAACUGUAGCCGGUUUCGGUAUAACGACCACAACACCAUCUGUAGCCGGUUUCGGUGUAACGACCACAAAACCUGCUGUUGGUUUUGGAGUAACUACCACAACACCUGCUGUUGGUUUUGGAGUAACUACCACAACACCUGCUGUUGCUUUUGGAGUAACUACCACAACACCAGCUGUUGGUUUUGGAGUAACGACCUCAACACCUACCAUUGGAUUUGGUGUUACGACCGCAGUAUCAACGGUCGGUUUUGGUGUACCAACAAUGACACCUACGGCCGCGUUUGCUGUACCUACUUCAACUCCUACAUUCGGUUCAUCUGUAAAUACGAAUUUUGGAGCAGUUACCGUUGCCACAACGUUUGGCUCAACAAUUCCUUCUUUUUUAUCACCCACUGGAAGUUCAGCAGGUUUCGGAAACACAUCCACCAUAACACAAAGUGGUUUCGGAGUAAAUACGUCAACCACUUCAACUUUUGGCGCACCAGUAAGUUCUGCAUCUGUUUUCGGUUUUGGUGGAAAGACAACUGCUGCUGCAACUACCUCUACAUUCAGUUUUGGCGCAACGACAACAACUCCGUCUUUUGGUACAAAUAGUACAAAUACUUUUGGAGCAACAAAACCAGCUUUUGGUAAUUCAUUUGGUACCAAUUCUGGUUUUUCUAAUCCAUCCACAACCCAGUCAGCAACCUUUGCAUUUGGUGAUAAGAAAACAUUUGGAGCUCCCACACCUGCAACAACAGCUUCCACAUUUGGUGGUUCACAAAAUACAGCGGCACCACCAAUGUUUGCUUUUGGCGGCGGAAACAAUUCCGCAAAUAACAAUGCAAAUACUUUUGGAAAACCAAGUUCGGCAGUGGCAAGUGGCAAUACGUUCAAUUUCAACGCUUCAAAAAAUGCAGUACCAGCAUCCGGUUUUACAAAUAAUUCAACAUCUUUCGGAAACCCUACUACUACCCAGUCUAGUUUUGGCACUGCAUCUACUUCAUCAUUUGGAAAUGCAACGGCUGCAUUUGGAGCCACUACUACAACAGGAGGAUUUACUGCACCUAAAACUACAGUCAACACGUUUGGUUCAACAAAUACACCUACAUUUGGAACGACCAAUGCAACUCCAGCAUUUGGGACGGCUCCGCCCAGUUUUCCCGCUGCUAAUAGCACUUUUGGCAGCUCUGCCGCACCAGCAUUUGGAAGCGGUAAUGGUUUCGGUUCUAAUAAUUUCAAUGCUUCAACGGGAUUUGGAGGUAGUGGAGAUGCUGCGAAACCUCAAACUUCUGCUUUCAAUAACAAUUCGACAACAAAUUUUGCGUUUGGUGCAAACAAUAAUGCACCUGCCGCGUCCCAAACAAAUGCAUUUGCAUUUGGUGUAGCUGCCCCUCCUAAAGCAGGAGUCUUUUCAUUUGGUAAUACUGAAGCACCAAAGCCAGGGUCGUUUAAUUUUUCUGCUGGCUCAGCUACAACAAGCUUUGGAAAUAAUGCAGCUCCGAAUUUCGGUAGUCCAACCCCAAACUUCCAGGGUUUUAACGGAGGCGCCCCGCAAUAUAAUGCACCUUCUCCUGGCGGUGCCAUGUUUAGUAUUGGAAGUGGAUCGUCGACGAAACAACGGACUCAGCUGAAAGCCAAAAGGCGAACUUAAUAUAAGUAGUGUUGGGUCUUUUUUUAUAAAAAAAAGGCAGGUAAUGUAUGAUGUUUAUUUAUUUUAGGUAUAAUUUAUUCAAAA